AUGGCUAUACCUCCCUUCCGCGUCAAAGCACUGUACGAUUAUUCUUCGAAGGAAGAAGAUGACCUUAAAUUUCCAAAUGGUCAGGUCAUACUCGUGACAGAUGAGGAAGAUGCCGACUGGUACUAUGGGGAAUAUGAGGACAGUGCUGGCGACAAGCUGGAGGGAUUGUUUCCCAAGAACUUCGUCAAGAUUUUUGAGCCAGACAUGCCGCCGCGGCCUACAAGAUCGGGCAGAUCAAAGAAAGACAACGAUACUCCAGCACUAGUCAGUGAGGAGGCGAGGGUCCCCGCUGCUGAGGAACCUCGAGCAGUCCCAGCUCCUGCUCCAUUUCCGAGUGCUAUCAUGCCCGAGCAGACUUUUGAGGAGCCCGAACCACCAGUAUCUCAAGCUGCGAAAAUAGAAACAUACUCUAUCCCAGCACAAAAGCCAGCUCCACUUGCAGCGCCGAAACCUGCGCCUGCGCCUGUCGCAGAAAAGCCAACGUCGGGCUCAUUUCGAGACCGCAUCAAUGCCUUCAACAAAUCUACAGCGCCCCCUCCGGCCCCCAAUAAACCUAGUGGUUUGGGUGCGUCCGGGGGCUCGGGCUUCGUCAAGAAAGCUUUCGUUGCGCCUCCUCCAAGCAAGAAUGCAUACAUUGCCCCACCUCGCGAACCCCCUCCGCAGAAAGUGUACAGAAGAGAGGAAGAUCCCGAGAUAUUGGCUCAGGCAUCGAACGACGUGGAGAACGAAGUGCAGGUACCUCAACCCCAAGUAGCUGCACCGGCAGAAGUCGAAGAAGACCAGCCGAAGCCCACAAGUCUAAAAGACAGAAUUGCGUUACUGCAAAAACAACAGAUGGAGCAAGCUGCACGACACGCAGAAGCCAGCCAAAAGAAAGAGAAGCCAAAGCGCCCCCCAAAGAAGCAAGUAGAGCCUCAAGAACCUGCUGCAGAUGCAGACGAUGAUGUGGAAGCCGAACGUUUAGAGAGAACGAAUAGUACCGAGACCACGGGCAAACGAUCAGUCGAAGCCUCUCGCGAUGCUUUUUCUUCAGGUGCACGCCAUGCUAAGCCUUCCAAAUCUCAGGAAGCUACUCCUGUGGCGAGCCCAACCGCUGUUGCCUCGCGAGGAUUCAUGAGCGAUCCGAACGAUGCCGACCAGUCUGGUAUGGGAGAUACAGAGGAUGGUGAAGAUCUUUCUACGGGUCGGGAUGAUAGCGAUGAUAAUCCAAGGCGCAAGACUUCAAUCCCGCUCCAGAUACCUUCGCAAGCGCCGCUUCGAGAAGCAGACGUUGGGGACGAAGAGGACAACGCUGAUGACGAUGUCGCUGAGGAAGAGGAAGACGAGGACGUGGAUCCGGAGGUAAAAAGAAGAAUGGAGAUUCGCGAGCGCAUGGCCAAGAUGAGCGGCGGUAUGGGAAUGGCAGGCAUGUUUGGUCCACCAGGUGGCAUGGCUCCUAGAGCCCCUGUGAAACGAGGGACGGCAUCAAGCGAGAGAAACAUUUCAGGCAACUCAGUGUCCGCGCAAGCUGAUGAUGGCUCGAACUCUAGAGCACCACCUGUGCCGAUCAUGCCUAUGCCUAGCCUUCAAAAGGUUCGAAGCCCAGAGCAACAUGGUGCUCAGCCAGAAGUAACUAAGGAAGAGGCGGACGAACCCAAAUCUGUAAUACAAGGACGAGAACCUGAGGAUAUGCCUGAUAUUGAGGAUAUAAAGGAGGAGCCCAUCCCUACACCGAGGAGAUCUGUGGAGCGACCUUCACCUCCACCUGUGCCCCAAGAUCGCCCUGUUCCUGCUCCGCCCGGCAAAAGUAGAGGAGCUCCUCCUCCUUUGCCUAGCGAGCGACCGGUCCCGCCCCCCCCUAGCGAAGCGAGUCUCGUAUCCAGACCCCCUCCAAGCCAGCCAAUGUCGCCGAGCGAGGGUUCCGAGUCUGACGAUGAGAUGUCCUUACACAAAAGAAACUCGCUGAGAUUACAUCCUGGGACUGACAGCUCCCGACCUAUUAGUCGAGAGGAUCUUCCUCCCGUCCAUUCUGCCGGUUCUCCGCCAACUUUGCCAAGUCGACAUGUGGUGCCUCAAUCUGGCCCAUCUGACUAUACAGGACGAAGUCCACCAACGCAAUCAGUGGAGAUGUCUCCUAUAUUACCAAAACCUCCUGCAGACCCUUCGAAGAGAAGCAGUCGAGUCCCACCUAUACCAGGGUCGAAUCCCGCAAUGUCAUCUGCACCUCAAAACCGAGCACCGCCGCCGCCACCUCCUACCAACGCUCCUCCGAUGAGAGCUGCGACUGGAGAUUCCAGAAUUCCAUCUUUGGUUCCCAGAACUCAAGCGCCCGAAGAGAGUGAUGAAGAGGUUACUGAGUAUGAAGGUGAUUAUGACACCGACAUGGCCUCUGGUGCGACCCACAAGGAUGCGCUCAAGUCGCACGCACGAGUCUCGAGUCUCGAUGACGAUUCGAUGACGGAAGAAGCAAGUCUACACCAUUCCGGACUUCCUUCUCUCGGCCCGACCCCACCAGCAAUACCUCGUGCUGUUCCACCUCCGCCGCCCAGCCAGCCUUCGAGACACAAUCGGCAGUCCUCCGAUAUGCCUAGAGGCGCGCCACCCCCACCCCCACCGCCCAAGGAGCAAACAUAUGAAGAUGAAAACGAUUAUUACGACGCAUACAAACCCCCUACGUCCGGACAACGUGGUGUGGAUAGCAGGUACGAGAUGGAAGGCCCAACAACACCAAGAUUUGAAGAACCGGAAGCCAUAUUUCAGGCAUCUCCACCUCAGCGGGCUGUGCCCGCGUUCUCAGGGCAAAGCACGUCACAGUACCCUUCUUCGCCCAACAUGGCCGCCCCAGGGAGAUCCGGGCCACGGCAGUCGACUGAAAUUCAACGGACUAGCACUAGUAUUCGGAGGUCAACCGAUGCUUCUAGACCCUCUGGCGAACAAGGCUUUAUAGCUGGGGACGCCGACCUGGGUCACAAUAGCCAAUGGUGGGCACGGCCUGAUAAUCCUCCUCCAAUAUUCCAGAAUCGUCGAGAUCUCAUCUUCGAGAUUGAAGAGACCAGCACGACGAGGCGAGGCGGCAAACAAGCUGUGACAAAGAUGGUUUAUAUUCUAUUCAUGGACUAUUCGCAAACCGUAAUCACAGCGCAAUUCGAAGCCAAGGAUCCAGUAAACGCUAUUUUGGAGCAACGUCACGAGCCCCCUCCUCAAAGUCUGCGGCAAGAUCAACUCGAAAACGCUCACAUGAGGCUCGGUUCUCGGAUUGCAGAAGCCGCAAAUGCCAAGAAAGAAACGACGGUUGGUGACGGCUCUCCCCAUGCAUUGGUCCUCGAUCUUCUGUCUGCCCUUCCAGAAGCUCUACUGCCUGUUGGUGUGCGUGCAUAUGGUGCCAAUGUCUAUGCAAAUCUGGCAAAUGCUUCUGUAAGGCAACUUGAUGAGAUACGACCAGGGGACAUCGUUACCUUCCGAAACGCUAAGUUUCAAGGCCACCGUGGGCCUAUGCAUUCGAAAUACAGUGUUGAAGUAGGAAAGCCCGACCACGUCGGUGUGGUGAUUGACUGGGAUGGAACCAAGAAGAAAGUACGAGCUUGGGAGCAGGGUAGGGAGAGCAAGAAAGUCAAGCCGGAAAGCUUCAAGUUUGGUGACCUACGGAGUGGUGAAGUGAAGGUUUGGCGUGUCAUGGCAAGAAAUUGGGUUGGGUGGAAUUGA